UGUGCAUCCUAACAGCUGAUGCAAUGUUCGAAUACAAAGCGGUGGCCGCAGCUGGCCUGGCUCCGCACUUGGCACAGAGAGCUGGGGGGAGGAACUGGCUGGACACAGUGGGGUAUUAAUUAUUGAGCAGUGAUGGUGAUGAUGUAUGUUCAGACUUUCGGGGGUACGAGUCCUUACAGUAAAAGGACGAGUCCUACCGGCGAUGAGGGGGAUAGUGUAAUCCAGUUGAUGAAGAAACUCCUUCAUCAUAGCUUCGCAGGCGAAGCGGUAACAAGUUCGAAGAAGAUAAAACAUGGUGAAAGCCCCUUUGAGAGACAUUAUAACAUAGAAGAUGAAAGCCUUAUUCCUGGAUCAGAUACCUAUUUCCUGAAUCAAUCUGGCAAUGACUUUAUUUUUCUGGAGGAAUUCUUAGAAGAAAGGACAUGCCAGCAUCUAGCUGAACAGAUAGAGCAUUGCCUGUCUACCUCAAAGAAAUCCCAGCUACAGUGCCAGGACCUCUUGAUCCCCCAGUACAUGAGCAGGAGAAUAGCCCGAGAUGUACUUCGUAUGGCUGCCAGUGAGCCCUGUGGACUGCGUGGUGCAGUGAUCUAUGUUAAUCUUGAGCAUGAGAGUACAAGUAAGAAGCUGGGCAAAAUAGUGUAUGACAGUAGUGUCAUUCCUACCUUUGAACUAACUCUAGUUUUUAAACAAGAUAACAACAGCUGGCCCAGUCUGAGUGAUUUCUUCUCCAUAGGGGCCUGCUUCACACAUGCGUCAAGAAGGGUUCUGAAACUUAGUCCAGGCUUUAGAUUGGUCAAAAGAAAAUUAUAUUCUUCUGUAGGACCAAUUGUUGAAGAAUGCUGAUUUGAGUGCCAAACUAAGGGCAAUUUUUGUGGUGACUAUUUUCUGACUAGUGAUCUAUUAAGACUUGAUAGGUGCUACUAAGCCUGCAAUGGAAGUAUUUCUCUAAAUAUUCUCAUGCAUAAGUUGCUACAGUUUCUUAAAAUGAAUGUUAACUUGAAUUUCACUAAUUAUUUUGAAGGAUACAAAAUAUUGUGUGUAUAUAUAAUGCCUACUUAAUGAAUUGGAUGCUAAAGUGUGCAGUUCAGUAAGCAAAGGGUACACAAUGGAAUUUCACACUUGCAUAGUUUUCAUUGUGUCUUUCUUUACUGAUACCACUGCUGCUGGAAGUAGAUAUUUUUGGUUAUGGAUGAAUAAAAUUGAAAGCAUGUGGUAAUGGUACAGAGUGCAAAGUGCGUGGUUUGGGUGGUGGUAGGAAAGAACCAGCGAAAAGGAAAUGAAGGGCAUGAAAUAUGUGUAAACUUUUCUUCAGGAGGUGCUGAAGACAAUAAAUUGAGGCACCAGAUACACUACAUUAUUAACAUGUUUAGCUGCAAGUGUAAGUUAAAAUAGAGUUUAGAAGUUUUGUGAUAUUUAUUUUACUGAUGUUCAGUAUUGUUACGUGUUUGCACACUUUUGCACUGUUCAACUGAACCAUUUUGUAUUUUGUAUGGGCAUGCUGGACUUGCUCUAACAUAGUAUCUUGCAUUUAUAUGAACAGUGCAAGCUUCCUGUAGUGGAUGUAAAGUACAUGUAAUUGCUACCUUCAUCUACUGCAGUGCUAUGAUUAUGUUUUUGUUAAAGUGUAAGAGAUUGGCAAUGUUGCAAAUAAACAUUUUAUAAAAUAAAUACUCAUUUUCUUAAGUGAAAAA